UGUUUUUCCAAAUGAUCUGUCUUUUGAAACAUGUUACAUGUUCUUAUCAUUAGUGGUUACAGUAAAUCAUUUUCUCACAACUUUCAAUCUGCUUGAAAGAAUGACAACUAUCGGUAGGACAAUGAAGUGUCAUUCCAGAGUUGUUGAUGUUUUGUCAGGUCCAUGAUUUUCUACAGGGGUUUCUCCAGAUCCAGCGAAGGGAGGGUGGGGGAGUGGAUCCUUUUAAAGCUGUAACUGCUUUUAGUGUGUAUCUUUACAACAGAAGUUUUUGCCUUCUUUUCAAGUUUAAACUUUUUAAUACUUUCUCAGAUCGCAAAAAAGUGAACUCUUCUCCUCUGGUAUCAACUGCGUUUCAACACUCAUGUGUUGAUUCUGCUGUUUCUUUUGAUCAGCUCUGUGCUGUUGCACCUGUGAGAGUAAGAACACAUUUGGCUGGUGAAACUUGAUUGACCUAAUUUAAAUAUUGAGGGUGUUUUCUUCAACUUGAAACAUUCACAAUAGAAUAAGUUGAUUUGAAAUUCUACACUAAUAUUUGGUUUGUAUUUCAUGCUAGCAGUUGGACUAGCGUGGUUACUACAGCUCUAAAGGUAUUUUUACUCUUUCUUGCUAUUUAGUUGGUUUAACCCCAUUUUGUUUGAACUCUUCACUUGCAUUGUUUACAGAAGAGUUAUUUCUUUAACACUUGUGUUAUCAAUCAUUCUAGCAGUUUAGCUGUGUUGCAUUUUAUUGUUCUUGGAACAAUCAUAAAGUAAUAAGAACUGAGGACAUACCAUUACAUUUUUGGCUUAUCUUAGCUAUGCUUGGCUAAUUAUUAAGUGUGCUUAAUAGUGGCUUUAGUGUCUCUACUCCUCCUUCAGAUCCUCAAACUGCUAAUGGAUGAGCCACAAGCCAAGAUGAGCAGCUUUGGAGAGGUCCUGAAGGAGAUAGGGGAGUUUGGUUUAUUUCAGAAAAGCUUACUUAUUGCGCUGUGCAUACCCAGCAUUUUCCCAGCUUUCGACGUGACAAGCCAGGUGUUUACUGGAAUGAGUUUCCCACAUCACUGUAACACUGACUGGAUUUUGGAGAAUGGACCAAACCUAACCAAAGAGAGGCAGAGAAAUCUUACCAUCCCCGUGGAUGAGAACGGAAGAUUUGAAAGCUGUAAAAUGUUCAUCCCUGUGAAUCUGGAUUUGGAAACGAUCGAAAAGUAUGGUCUUAACGGGACAACAGGAUGCAUCAGUGGCUGGGACUAUGAGGUCCAACCUGGUGUUUCCAACAUUGUGACAGAGUUUAAUCUGGUUUGUGACAAAAGUGGUUUAAUUGAGGCAUCACAGUCCAUCUACAUGGCUGGUGUUCUGGUCGGUUCGCUGAUGUUUGGGGCAAUUUCUGACAGGUUUGGCAGAAGAUUUGGGAUCCUUCUUUCAGUUUUCAUCCUGCUGUUGUUCAGCGUCAGCACAGCUUUCUCACCAAACAUCUACGUUUACAUGACUCUCAAAUUUUUAUGUGGAACUGGUGUUGUUAUCAUGAACACAUUUGUGAUGGUGGUGGAAUGGACAGAUCCUUCAAAAUCAGCUCUCUGCACGAUGUCCAUCAUGAGUUUCUUUUCAGUAGGACAGAUAAUUUUGUCUGGGAUUGCUUAUUUGACAACAAACUGGAAGAACAUGCAACUGGUGCUCUUUAGCCCUCUCGUCAUUGUCCUGGUGACCAUGUUAUGUUUUCUUCCAGAGUCGCCCCGAUGGCUCGUGUCUCAGGGCAAGAAGGAGGAAGCUCUGAAGGAGCUCCAACGGGCCGCCAAAGCUAACAAGAGAAAUGUGACAGCGGAUCUGCUUGAUAAGAUCAAUGUGGAGUGUUCUCCGAACAGAAAGAACAUGGUGGACAUUUUCCGAGUAGCCUACUUAAGAAAGAAUACUGUAAUCAUGGCCUUUAACUGGUUUGCAGCAACUUUUCUGUUUUACGGACUGAGCCUAAAUAUCGGAAGUUUCGGCCUAAACAUCUACCUCACGCAGCUCAUCUUUGGCUUCAUUGAAAUUCCUGCCAACAUGGCCGGCUUGACUCUGAUUCAGCGCUUUGGGAGGAGAAUAUGUGAAGCAGGUUUCCUGAUCUUUGGUGGGGUUUCUUGUUUGGUGGCCAUUAUUGUCCCAAAAGAUCUUCCAGCGAUAGUGACUGUCAUAGCAAUGCUGGGAAAGUUUGCUGCUACAGCUGCCUGCAGCACGGCCCAUGUCUAUACAGCUGAAUUGUACCCUACAGAUUUAAGACAUAGUGGUGUCGGCUUCAACGCCAUGUGUGCUCGUGUGGCUGGCAUACUCUCACCACUGGUCAGGCUCUUGGAGGUCUACCAUUACAGUGUUCCCAUGGUGGUGUACGGCAUCAUCCCAAUGGCUGCUGGCGGUUUCUGCUUGCUGCUGCCCGAAACACUCAAUGUUGAAUUUCAGGAGGUCACAGUGAUUGGACAUAGAAUAAAUGGACCACUGGAGGACCAACGUUGCACUGAAGACACUGUCAAGAGUUCAUAAACUGUAAUGUUUAUCUUGGUUGUCUUAUGCCAGCCUAACCAUGCUUUAAGCUUUUCCACUGUCUACAGUUUAUUUGCUUUUAUGAUUGUGUUUGUUCAAUAAAGCUCUGUGAAGACCUCUGAGGUCUUCACAGAGCAGCUGGAUUUAUACUGGUGACUUUAUUGCAUUUGGUUGGAUAUUAAUUUGUGAGUCUAAAAUAGAAGGGGGCUAGAUUAAAAUGCCACCCUUUUCUGAUUCGUUACAAAAAUGCCUAAAAACCUUUUCUUCCAUUAAGUAACUGUGGCCUACUUCCUAAAAUCCCAAUAAAAACUUGAAUAUUGUGAGAAAACAUACAAAAGUCAAAGAGAUACAAAUACUUUUUCUAAGGACUGUCUUUAGAUGCAGUUUAAUGCUGUGUUCAAGUUGUACUCAGAAUUGGGAAAUUUCAACUUUCCAGGCAAAACAAUUCAACUGGAAAGCCCUAAAAAAAAUUUCCCGCUGGGAAUUUGGGAGCAACACUGAUUACCCCCAGUUAUGACUCAUAAGGUGGACUGCGCUCUCCAAUAUGGCCGUUCCUUGCAUCAACAGGAGUAAGAUGUGAUGAAUUCAUAUUUAUUUUACAAGACACACAAGCGAGUCCAUCUUAAAUCAGUGUUACAUGAAGUGCCUGCAACUCUAAACCGAACAAAUUAAAAAUGGUAUUUGCUUAUGCAAAGUAAAACUAAAAAUGUUUUAAACAGGUACUGUAAACAAUAUUAAUGGGCAUCGCCAUGUUGCAAUCCCGACUUUUUAUCUAGAACGCCGUUACCUCCGGUCUGCCAUCAAACAUAGCUCAGAGUUCCCACUUCCCAAGUAACUGCAAUGCAGCACCAGUGGCAGUCUUAAUAAAUAAUAAAAAAGACAAAAGUCUAAGAUGCAGAUGUACUAAUUAUUUUAAUGAAUAAAAAUAAGAUAAACAUGCCUGAACUCCAAAAUAAUCAAAAAGAAAUGGAAAUACUGAACAAAAACAGUUAUAAAUCAUAUAACGACCUCAAUUAGUCCUAGACAAACAUUGUUUACUCUUUUAUCUGUUCAGUUGCUACAGUUUUGUUAGACGGUGUGGAAAAGGGACAGAAGAUCGAGAAAAGAACAAAGCCACAAGAUCAUCUCCACUUGAAGCCAGACUCAGUCUACACAAAGCACACACAAACACAAUCUCAUAAGGCUCGAUCAUAAACGUCCUGACCACCUUAGCAGGGCUCAGUCUGAGACCAUCAGCAAGUGAUGAAAGACACGAUCACUGCUUUUUGUUCCCUCACCUGCGCAAGUUUCUUUCAGGAAUUUUUAUGUGAACUAGGACAUAUAUCUAAACCAAAAUCACCUCCUAAAUCCCACCAAAAAAUUAAAAUAGAAAAUAAAGAUUAAAAAAAUACACUUGGUCAUUUGUGAUUUAAGGCUUGCACAUAGGUUUACAUCUUCACAGGCAAAAACGUAAAGCUUUUCUCUUAGUUUUCUUUGAUGGCAUCCAAAAAUGGCAUCUGGAGAGUUGUGACAAUACAUCAUUAUCUAAUUAAAUAGAUAAACCACACCACAGUCUAUACUGUUUCAUAUGCAAUACACAAGUUCCUCAGACUGGGUCAAUAAUGCUAAAUUUGCAAGAAAAUGGACUUUUCCAACUGUUUACAAUUAAGUUUUUAUUUAUCAGCUGUAAGAAACAAAGAUGAGAAAGCAUGUGAGAGUGACUGUAAACGGCCCACAACUGGGGUCUAAUGAACGGCGUUGACAAUACUUUAAGAUUUUGGAAACUCAAAGUGAUUUAGAACUUAUGUUCACAAUUUUCAAGGACAUUAACCUUUUCCGAUAAGAAAUUAUGAACAGACAUCAUACUUGUCAAAUUGUUGCCGACAUCAAGGCCUUCAAAAGUAUAUGACCCCAAGCCAAGAACCAAUCGCCACAUUUGAGGAACCUACAAUCAUGUCGUGAGACAGAAACCCAAGGCAGAGUGAAACAGCAUGAAAAUAAAACCAAAUGACAUUAUUUACAUCCUCAGGUUUAAGUCAAGUACUUAUUUUCAGCCCUGUUAAAAUAAAUGUUAAAUUCAGAAACUAAUACCAGACAGUGAGAAGAGUUCAGCUGCUGCACUUUCACUUCCAACUAAAUAGAACAAAACAAAAAAAAUGUCAAGAAGGCUUUUGGAUUUUUUUUUUCUGGUGAUAGUCUGAAUUAACUGGAGUUCUUCAGAGCACAGUUUUAAAUAUCAGAAGAAUAAAUCAGCUCAUUUAAAUGCAUAAAAGCCAAAACAGAAGAGCCAUUGUAAAUUUUUAUUGCAGUACUGGGUUUUGUUCUUUAUGGGGAACUGCAAUGCAUUAUGUCCUGCUCUAAGACUGAUGAUAGAUACUUUCAUUUCAGUUGGUUGGAAAAGAGUGAGAUUGCCCAGGUUGCCAUUUGUGCAAGAACCAUCACUAACUAAGCAUAGUGUUUCUUUUUAAACAAACACUUGGAUGUUAGUUGAGAAUUUGCAUUUAUAUUUAUCCAGUGACCUUAAUAAUCAAAUAAUUAAGCAAAGUAUCAAGAGUUCAAGAUUCAUGUAAACCAUAAAGCCUUCAAUUAUUAUACACAGUUUAAGUUAAUCUGAUGUAUAAAGUCCAUUGCUUAAAACA